AUGCUCCACCUCACCUCAUUCUCCCGUCACACUCUCUCUCCCUCUCUUUUUUGCCUGUGUCUGUGCCUUUGCCAUUUCCUGCUUUUGACAUGGGGUUUUGAAAAAAAAUACAGGAAAAAUAAGAAAGGAAGCCAUGGAAGGGGUAAGUAG